CCUCCUCCAGCACCUCCGCCGAUACCUCCUCCGGCACCACCGCCUGCUCCACCACCAAAUCCACCUCCAGCCCCUCCACCGGCACCACCGCCGAUACCUCCGCCAGCACCCCCACCGGCACCACCGCCAAAUUCUCCGCCAGCCCCUCCACCGGCACCACCUCCAGCUCCUCCACCGGCACCACCUCCAAAUCCUCCUCCGGCACCUCCACCGGCACCCCCUCCGAAUCCUCCACCGUGGCCUCCGCCUGCUCCACCACCGAAUCCGCCGCCGGCACCACCUCCAUGGCCUCCGCCUGCUCCACCUCCGAAACCCCCACCGGCACCUCCUCCAGCGCCACCACCGAACCCACCACCAUGGCCUCCCCCAACGCCACCGCCGAAUCCUCCUCCUUUCCCACCACCAAAUCCGCCGCCGGCACCUCCACCACCACCAGCGCCACCGCCGAAACCACCUCCGACGCCACCCCCGCCAAAGGUUUCUUUCUCAAGUUUCCUACACUCGGCGACCCCUAUGACGACCACCACAACCAUCAACGCCAAAAACCCAAAACGUACGGAAACCUUCCCCAUCUUUGCCAAAAAAAGUUAGAAAAAACAAGAACUUUCAAAGUUUCUCGUCGAGUAUAUGCUUUGAGCUCACCCUAAUGAGCCUAUUUAUAG